GGGUGCUGCGCGAAAGCUGAGAAGCUUCACGCCCUGACGACACCAGACGGACCCGCCUUCCCACAUGGCAUUGUGGAUCCUGGAAGGGGAAUUUCUCCAAUUGACAUCUUCAUGGCGCGCGCAAACAUUUCAACCAUAUCCGGAUACCUGCUACGAAUCCAGUUGUGCUACAAACGCGUGCAAUUCGGCGCUACACACAUACGAUAUCCCGCGUCCUCAGCCGUCGACAUGCCGCCCAAGAAGAGGGCGGGAAGGGCCAGCAUCCAGUCGACCUCGGCGACGCCCUCCGCGGCUGCCAAUGCUCAAGGCCAGGACGAUGAUGCUAUGGACGUCGACACGCCGCAGGCCGCCUCGACGCCCACAGCGACCACCACAAGCCAACAUCCUACCGUCGACCUCACAAGCCCCUGGACUGACGACCAGGUCGCAUCCCUAUACAAGGGCGUCAUAAGAUGGAAGCCUGCUGGUAUCCACAAGCACUUCCGCAUGAUCGCCAUCUCAGAACACCUCCGCAACCACGGCUUUGACCCCAAUGUGUUUCCGCACACGCGCAUCCCCGGCAUCUGGCAGAAGCUGCGCAUGUUUUACAACACCGAAGUAAUUGACGACCGGGAAAACAGCAUACUCGACGAUGAGAGUAUGGAGAAGCGCUGGCUCGAGUUCCGCUUACCCUGGGACGAGUAUGAGAACCUUCGCAACCGGAGGCGACUCGUCAAUCCUACCGAGGACUCGGCCGCGACUUCACCACCCGAGUGGGACCCAGACGGAGAGGAUUCAGCGCCCGCGCCCAAGGCGUCAGCUCCUGCGCCGACGAGCAUCACGACGGUAACAGGAAAGCGCAAGAGAGGAGAGCGUCUGUCUAAGGCACGCUCUAGCACAGUGGACGAUACCGAAGAGGAAGCCGCCGCAUUAUCCCCGCCGCCGCCGCCCGCACCAAAGUCGGCACGCAGCGGGAGGCAGACGAGGAGGUCAAGCACGAGGGCCAGGGCUGAAACAACAGAGGAUGAAGAGGAGGCUGAGAGACAAGAAGAGGGCGAGGACGAAGGUGAGAGCGACGAGGCUAGGGAGGACGAUUCCAGCGAUGAGGGAGACAGGUCGGGGACCGGGUCUGGGUCCGGCAGCGGAGAGGAGCAGGAGGCUCCCCCCGUCGUCAAAUCCACGCGUGGGGGAGGCAGGGGCAGGGGCAGGGGCGGUCGUGGGAGGGGCCGACGGGGGAGGCGUGGAAGAGGUGGUUGAAGACGGGGUUCUCUGGGAGAGCAGCGCAUUCUGCCUUCUGCGCAUUGUCUUCCAGUCACAUUAUCUGGGGCUCGCUGAGGGAGUGGCAUCUCUUGGGCGUCGGGAACGUUGUGCAAAACGCAAUCCAGGCUGGCCCGACUGUUCUGAAUUGCCUGGCGGAGUUAUGCUGGGGGUUCAACAAAGUAGUGUACUGCCCUGUAGAAAGUAAUCAGGGAGGUGGCCUGGAUUUCCGUCAGUCUCGAGGUGGCUUGCCCAACACACUUUCGAUCGCCGGGUAGACCUGACCUUAGUGAGCACUGAGAGGGGAAUAAACAUACCUCUUUGACUGAUAUAAAUAGAACCAGGCAGAGUUUGCACGGUACAUAUGUCGGGUUAUGGGAAGGCCGGGAUACCCAAGAGCGUUCCCGCCGAAAGGGGAGCACACAUUCCAGCUUUGUUGGAGAUGACCACAUAAGCCCCACAGGAGGUCGAGACUCCCCCACAUCUGUAAAUCGAGCACCAUCUCAGCCGCC